UGAAGUUAAUUAUUGACCAACCAGUGUUGCAAUAACGAAAAGCCGCGAUCCAAAAUGCAGUUAGCCACCACUUCCAUCACUAUGCGCUCAUGCUGGCUGGUGCUGCAUGUAAUACGGCUAGCGACCGUAGCUGCUGACGCCAAUGAUGCUACAGUCACCGAACCGGUCAUACCAGACGUGAUUGUCCCUCUGGACAUCGACGAAACCAGCAUCGCCGCAGGUGUCGAGCACUCGUGCGCGAUCCAGACGCAGUCGUUCGAGGACGUGGGCGGUCGUGUUGUUUGCUGGGGCGUCAACAAUGGUGGACAGAGCUCACCGCCACCAGGAGAAUUCAUCCAAGUGAGCACCGGUCGACUGCACUCGUGUGGGAUCCGCAUCGACGAGACGCUCGAGUGCUGGGGCGAUGGAGCGCCGGUGACGAAACCCGAGGGUCUGUUCGAGCAGGUCAGCAGCGGUGACUUCCACUCGUGCGGCAUCAUGAAGGACCAGACAGUGCGCUGUUGGGGCACGGCGGCGGGUGGCAUCUCCAAAGCUCCGAGCGGUAAGUUCGUGCAGGUCAGUUGCGGCAAAGACUUUUCGUGUGCAAUUGCAACGGAUGGCACGGUCAAGUGCUGGGGCGAAAACGGAUAUGGUCAGCUCAAUGUGGAUCCAACCACCCGCUUUCGGCAGAUAUCGGCAUCACCAGGCGAUUUUGCCUGCGGCGUGACCGAAGACAACACGCUCUCGUGCUGGGGUGACAAUCAUCGCAACCAAGCGAGUCCGCCGAGCGAUGAAAAGUUCAUUCUAGUUAGCACGAGCAGACUUGCGGCAUGUGGACUGAAGCUAGACAAAACGGUGACGUGCUGGGGUAUGCGCUCCGGCGUGACUGCAGCACCCACAGACGUGCAGUUUGACGAGCUGACGUUGGGCUGGAAUCAUGGUUGCGGCAUUCGCUACGAAGACGGCGGUAUUCAGUGCUGGGGCGACCGUGGGAGCAACCGCUUGGAAAUCCCUGAAGCACUAUUGUAAACAAUACUUAGUCGGCAAAUAUUCCCUGCGACGCGUCUCGGAAGUGCUCGCUGCGAUUUGCCACGAGCACUCUUCGACUACGCCGUCCCAUGGUCUCUCCCAUGUUAUCGUUACUGCCUGAGGUAUGUGGAAUCAUUGCAGGCUUUUUCAAAGGCUUUAGCAACCGACCCACUCGCUCUUUCGGCACCACAUCUACAGCUAGUCGCUUUGGUUGCUUCCGUAAAAGCUGCUCAACCAAUUCCAUACAAUGGCCACUGCCAUCCUUCUCUAAAAGCUCCCGUUGCUCGGUCAGACGCCUCGGUGGAAACGCCUCCGUCUGCACCGGCAGUUUGAUGCU